UUCUCUGUAGAAGUUCUGCUAAGUCCUUCUCCGUCUUGGACUUCUCGUUCUGAGAAGUCAUGGAGUUAUAGUGCAGAUCCGAACCCGUUAAUGGAUGGAAAUAUGAGAAGAGUGCAGUUUUCGGACCCGGAGCCGGCGGACGACGGAGGAGUCGAGCUCAGCCUCGGGCUCUCCAUUGGCGGGAGCUCCCGGAGGGCCUCGAAUCCGGGUCCGGCCCGUCACGGGUCGGACACCUGGUUAGGAUCCGGCGAGGCCGUCGCCGAUUUCGGCGGGGGUCUUCGCUUCGACGGCGGAGAUCCUUUCCGGCGGCGGGAGGGGAGGAAAAAUGGGAUCUUUGGAGGCGGCAAUGAGGUUCCGUCGGAGGAUCAGGCGGCGCUAGAGGCCCAGGCGCUGAAAUCGAGGGCCAGAGACCGGGCGGCGAGGGAGAGGGAGGCGCUCGUGGCCGACCAGUGGAGGCAGAGCGAUGGCCGAAUCUCCGGCGUUGCUCGAAUUCCUAGCCCUAACCCUAAUCCGGUGGCGUGCGGGUCGCAUCCUUUUCCGGCGAUGGCAAUGCAGUAUUCUCACCACCAUGUGCAGUACGCACAGGUCCCGAAUGGGCUCGGAUAUCCCGUUGUCAUGCCAUGCUGGGCUCCGGCGGUGUCGCCGGCGGCCGACGAGGGUUCGAACCGUUCCGAGAGGAAUGUGUUCCUGCCGGUGGCUUGCCGGGGUUUGCCGGUUUCCGUGCCGGCUCUGAACGCUAAUCGUGGCAUCGGUAAGAGUUGCUCUUUGGACGUGAAAGGUGGGAAUGGCAUUGGGGUCAAUGGAGUCCCUUCGUCCAUUGAUUCACUGGGGAGCAGCUCUUCAGGGGUUUCGGAUCAUUGGAGUGGUUCGUUUCGAGGAUCGAGCAUCAGCAGUGAUGCAAGGAGCCAUUCAACAACCCAUACCAUGGCAGAGAAGUCUGGCUCGCAACUUUCAUCACAAGUCGGCAACCUGCAAAGGCAUCAAUCUCACCAUGCAGCAUCUUCAUCCCGAGUCAUCGAAGAAGGUAAUGAGAAGGCCGCCUGCACUGCAGGGUCUAGCUUGGUGCUGAACUCAGCCACUUCAACCAAGAGGAAGCUCGAUGGCGUUGCCUCUGUGAACAAACCAAUCUCAGCUGCCGAAGAUUGGAACCUGAAUGGCUCAUUCUCUCUGCCUCGAAUGCCCUACGUAUCGGCUACCGGGGAUGGGCCCAAUGGAAAAACUGUCACUGGGUUUCUAUACAGAUAUACGAAGUCGGAGGUCAGCAUUGUCUGUGUUUGCCAUGGGAGCUCCUUUUCGCCAGCAGAGUUUGUGAGGCAUGCUGGGGGUACCAACAUUUCACAUCCCUUGAGGCAGAUAAUUGUUGUUCCUUCAUGAGUGGGUAGAGAAGAGUUCUCUGCUGUUCUUGUCUUUCUGGAGUCGCUAGGCUUCUGUCAGUGUUAUCUUUUUUGUUGUUUGGCCUUCUUCUAGGUGUCAGGUAGUUAGGUAGAUAGCAGCAAUAGAGAUGGGUGCUGGUGUUGGAGGAGAAAUUUACUAGUUGGCUGUUCAAAUUAGAGAGUAGAUGGUAGUGUAGGAGGGGAAAUUUCAGUAGUUGGCUCAUCAACUUGGAUCUGAAAGACGCUGUAUAGAUCUUUUCUAUUGGAGCUCUUCCUAACAAUGUGCUGAUGAGGCUUUCUUUCUAGCAAA